AUGAAACAGCAGACCCUCAUCAGAAAUGUUAGUUGUGUGGAGAACGAGAGUUGCGUCGGGGCACUGUGUUUUUUUAUCGCGCUAGCCAUAUGCUCCCUCAACAGUGACAGUGUGCCUCUCCAUAAUCGCGAGGACGGUAAACGUGGUGGAGCCUUGUCUUGUCUAAUAUCAAUAGAUGUGUUAGACGAGGUCGACAUGUCCAUAGGAGAGCUUGGGGAAACAAUUGGUAAUGUGUUGUAUUUUGGAGAAUGUCAUUUAGAUCCAAAUGGACUUUGGGCAAGCAUAGACCUUUUCUUAGUCUUUAUCUUGCCAUGUUCCGUCAUACUUCUCUCCUACAUGAAAAUAUUUUUGAUAGCUAGAAAACAUUCUAAAGGCAUCAAGCUUGCCAAAGGAAACACCACUACAAGGAAUAGAAAGUAUGGAGACGGUGUCCCUAACGCUUCGGAGAGAAAAGCAGCUACCACACUUGGGAUUCUGGUGAUUGUAUUUCUUGCUUGUUUAUUGCCUUAUUUCUUAUCUAUAUUAUUUAGUGCUUUUAUUCCAGGUACAUUAAUGAAGGUGCUUGCAGGAACUCUGCCUCUGUUAUAUCUUAACUCUGCAAUUAAUCCUCUAGUUUAUGCUCUUUUUUACCCCUGGUUCCGAAAAUGUGCAAAGCUCAUUUUCAUGCUCAGCAUUUUCAAUACUGACUCCUCCUUAGUUAAUGUACUUACAAAUAGUGGAUGA